AUGGGAACUGGAUCAAAAGUUGUACCUAUAAUCCUUGCAUUAUAUUUUAGCCUUGAAAUUGGUUGCAUUAACGCUUCCAGAUUCAAGUUUUCCAACUUUGUUUGUGAUUCAGCGGAUACAAAUUGGAUUUUGGUGCACACAUGUCGUUUAAAGGCGAUUCGAAGGGAUAGAACUACUUUAAGUUUCAAUGGAACUGUGCAAAAAGUAGUCUCUAACCUUCGAGUACAUGCUCAAAUUUUUAAGCGGGGCAAUGGAUUUAAGCCUUGGCUCUACAACAUCACCUUUGAUGGGUGUCGAUUUCUGCGAAAACCAUAUGAAGCUCCGGUAAUACUUGUUUUUAAACUUUUUAAAAAACAUUCCAAUUUUAAUUUCACUUGUCCCUUUUUGGGUCCAGUAUACGUAACUGGGUUUCAUCUCAUAGGAGAGCAGAUUCCAGUUCCGCUUCCCUCUGGGGAGUAUUUAAUAUUAAUAAAGUGGUACACCGGCAAAUUACUUAUAAUUUCUACGGGAAUAUAUUUUUCGUUUGAAGAGAAUUUUUCGUAA